GCACAGGAGAGUUCAUUGUGAAAUAUUUCUAUCGCAUAGUCCUUUUUUUGUUUCAUGUCAUUGUGUUUGAUUAUUACUACAUAAAGUGAAGAAUUUUUAGGGCUUUUCUACGGUUUCCUGCCGCGAAUCAAGCUGCCUUAUAAGAAGUGUAGGUGGCAAACACAUUAUUUGGUGAAUAUGUUUAAAGUGCGAUGCUCAGCACAAAUAGCACUAUGAUGACGGCUGACGUGGUGUCGUUUCCUAAAUAAUUCGUAAAUAAUUUUUUGUAAUUAUUUAUAUUAAUUUGGGUACAAAAAUUCGUUCAGAUUAAUCGUUGAUUUGAAAUUAAUUUCAGCAAAUGUUUUCUAAAUCAAUUUGAAUGAAUUAUUUAUUACAAAUUGAUUUACGGAAUUGAGUUACGGAAUCACGCAUUUUACAAAUAACUAUGUUUUCGCAGUUCGAGUUUGUUCCUUCAAGAAUGAGCGAUAAUUGAACUAAAAUGACAUUGCUAAUCUCAAAACAUUUCUCUAUCUAACUAUUGCAAGAGAUAGGAGAAAAAGUCAAACGAAAACAGCUUCUUAUCUAAAUUUGGACAUAAAAGGUGACCAUUACGUGGAAUGGUCCUUUUCCAUUUUAAACAGCCUGAACUUCCAGUAGAAGGAUGUGCAAGUCGGGAGCCGACUCACUUCAGGCGAGCGAGGCUUCUAGAGAUGAGAACAUAUUUCCACUUCUUGUCUGGACAAGAGAAGUGACACAUGAAAUACAGUUUUUUGUUAACCUCUGAAGAAGAAUUCGCAUCUACAGUAAGUUCGACUCCCAAUAUUAAUUAAAACUAAUUUAUAUUAUCAAAACUAUUACAAAUCGAUUACAAAUACAUUUAUUUUUAAAAUGAAUUUUGAGCCAUCGAAGCUAGUUUACAUCAAUUUAACGGAUUAAAACGAUCUCGAACUCAUUCGAAAUAAAUUACUCUAAAUGAAUUUGAGAGUGGAAAUUAAUCUGAAGCAAUUUAAAGCACGAAAUUAAUUCGAAUUUAUUCAAAAUAAAUUAAUUCAAACCAGUUUAGUUAAAACUAAUUUAAAUUAAUGUCUUUUCAAACUAAUUGGAACUAAUUUCAACCUAGAAAUAUUUUCACUGCGAAAUUGAUGUAAACUAAUUUCCUACAAACGAAUUUAAAUUAAUUUGGCCUCCUAAAUUGAUGUGAAGUAAUUUUCCAUCGUUUUUUGAGUCAGAAAUUAGUGUACAUUAAUUUAACGUUAUUUAAAAGUUUCAAUGGGUUGGUAAUCAUAAUGACGAUACCGGUACCUUUAAAUACGCAGUCCUUUUUAUACAGACGGAUAUUUGGAAAAAAUAUUUAUUCAAAUCUUCUAUGAGGCUACUUUAACAAUAAAAUUAAUUUGGGCAUAAAACUUAAAACUUAAAGGAAAUCAGUACUUCUUCCAACACUCACCAAUGGGUUCGGUUAUAAAAGUAAUUAAUGCAAUCAGUUUUGCACGAAUAGAGAUUGCGCAUAUUCCGUACAAGUGAGGUUGUGCAAUCGACUCCAUAUUACCAGAAUUUUAUUUUAUUUUGUUUUCUCGGUUUUAUGUAGUUUGAAAUAAACUUUAUUCUUAUACAAUUCCUUCACACUUCCAAGCACUUCAGUCUGUAAAUAAACGAUUUCUUCUAUACCAAUACGCAAAUAUUUUCGCGAUGGAUGGAAGAAAGAAAGGCAUCUCACUGUUAAGGAAUCAAACUUUUAUGACAUUCAAAAUCAUAACACGUUUCAUUUCGUUCUCUUACUUCAAACUUCCAUUUUCAGGUAGUCAAGUGACAAGGAUAUAAACUAAUUUCUUUUUUAUCUCUCUCUCUCUGGUUAAAACAUAAAGUCGUUGACUCUAAUAGUCACUGAUGUCUCACAUGUCGUUUGUUACUGUUUUGUUUUCCAUCGGAAAUCACACCCAUAGGAACAACAAAAACUAAUCUCAACAGUCUUUCUAGCUGACACAACCUCUUCUCAUUCUACUUCUAUGUAAUACUGGUGUUCGUUCUUCUUUUAGUCGACAUAUGAGUGUUCGAUAUUGUGAUAUCGAUACAGACAACAAGAAGCUGACACCGGUGUACGGUUAUCUCAGUUCACCACUGGUGCCAUUGGAACUUUCACUCGAGAAAAUAAUACCACUCAUCGAUAAUCUCCAACGCUAUGUUAAAAUCGCUAAACAACACUGUUAUUCGUUCGACCAUCUUACAAAAGAGGAAUCAGCUGCCUUGUAUUUGUAUUCGAUGGAGUGGGGUGCUCGAAGCUUUUAUCGCGUAUUGAACAAAGCACUACGAGAUGAAAAUCGUGCAGCAUUAAAACCAUGGUUUCCAUACUUGAAACUGCUUGACACUGCUCUUAACAAACUGCCAUCUAAGAAGCUACCUUUAUGGCGCGGUGUCGAUGCUGACGUGAGUGGAAGCUUUCAAGAAGGACAACUAUUGACAUGGUGGUCAGUCGUAAGUAAUGUGCUUGAUCACUCUGGUGGCUUACACAUCGUGCAUCUGCGCGAAGUUGAUGAUGAUGACGACUCAGUGAGUGACUCAAUAUCUUCACUCACGAUAAAUGAGACAACCAAUUCCGGUUCAUCAUCGAUAGUAGUGAAGAAGAAAGUGAUCUUAGCUGAUAGUGGUAGCUAUGACGGUGAUACUGUGAACGAUGUACCAAACGGCACAGGUGUAUGUGCAUGGCCGACUGGUAGGCAUUAUACUGGGAAAUGGCAAGAUGGCAAAACGCACGGUCGAGGAGUUUACACAUACGCGAAUGGGGACAGGUAUGACGGCGAAUGGCAAGAUGGCAAAAAGCACGGUCGAGGAGUUUUCACAAACGCGAAUGGGGGCAGGUAUGACGGCGAAUGGCAAGAUGGCAAAAAGCACGGUCGAGGAGUUUACACAAACGCGAAUGGGUGCAGAAGUUGA